GAGAGGGAGGCGGUCUCAGAAACACACACACAAACAGGGCCCCGCUGGUUCAAGCGAGGAUAAUGACCGUCCUGAGCUGAACUCAACAUUACAAAUAGGAGCUGCGGUAUUCCAAGUGGAGCAGAGUGGAGGUGCGCAACACUGAUGAUAAUAUUGAAUAACAGCGCAGAGUGGAUCUGCAGUAUUAAACCAUAGAGGGAGACAGAGAAAAGCGCUUCUUCCUGAACCUGACAAAAAGGCUUUUGGAGAGGCGGUCGAGUUAUGGGCACCGUUGGAGAAAACUAAUGAUUCUUAGAGGCGGCACUAUUGCGGCCUCUCCUCCCAGAAAUCCUGAGAUCUCAGCACCACACAGCAGUACUCGCCACUCUCAGCAGUGAAAUACAGCUCGUUCAACCCCUGACAGGUGUGAUGUUUGAGGAGGAGUCCCAGCAGAUGAGGGGGCAGCAGGAUGUGGCUGUGCUCCAGGCAUUGGAGUCACCUGCAGCAGUGACUCCAGGGGGAGGGGGAGCAGGGCCUCUGUCCUUCACAGAUGAAACUGUGUCAAUCCUGACCUCCAGCAGCCUCUUAGCCCGCUCCCUUCUGGGUCGCACCUCUGCCAUCAAACGCAAAGAGAGUCCUGUUUCCAGCAUCCGACGCAAGCGUGAAUUCAUCCCUCAUGACAAAAAAGAUGAGGGCUACUGGGACAAGAGGAGGAAGAACAAUGAGGCGGCCAAGCGAUCGCGAGAAAAGCGACGUGUGAACGAUAUGGUCCUGGAGAGUCGUGUGCUGGCUCUGCUUGAGGAAAAUGCUCGUCUCAGGGCAGAGCUCCUGGCUCUGAAGUUCCGCUUUGGCCUGGUCAAAGACCCAUCCAAUGCUCCUAUCUUGCCCCUCACUACAGCUCCUCAGCACAAUGCUCAAACCUUGACUCAUCACUAUUAUCUCCACGGUGGGGACGGAGGCCUCCAUAGCUCCUCAGCCUCACAUCCCAACAACCAGAUAGGCCAGUUGAGCACCCGGGGCUCCAGGGAUGCUGGUAACAUAUCAGAGGAUUCAGGAUUCUCUACACCAGGUGGCUCCAGUGUUGGCAGCCCGAUCUUCUUUGAAGACCGGCUGAGCGAUCAUGUGAAAUUAUCACCACACAGGGCAGAGGAGCUGGGCUACGAUCUCCACCACUCCCCUGCUGAUGCCCACCACAAUGCAGGACUCACUGGAGGGAAGCUGGACCAGGCCGAGGCAAUGAAAAACCUGCCUCACAAGCUGCGUUUCAAGAUGCCGGGAAGUGGUGAUGGGGCUGAUGCUGCAGGUGAAACCAGCAGCUCCAGACGUUGCCCCAUGCUAUCCACAGCAGGACGGGAAGGUCCAAGAGAGACCGUCAAAGGACUGAGUGGAUGUGAAACAGGAGCAGGGCACUGCACUGGCCCUUGGCUCCAGCCGCUGGAGGGGGAAGAGGGCAGAAUGGGGAGACAGUCCCCUCAAUACAUCGCCUCAGCUGCGAGCUACAGCAUCCAGCCUCCUCCCACACAAGGACAAACUGAGGUCCAGUAUCAGCAUGAGAACACUUACCUGAAGUCUCAGCUCAACUCUCUCAGUGAGGAGGUGGCUCAGCUGAAGAAGCUUUUCACAGAACAGCUCAUGGCCAAAGUCAACUGAGAACUAAUGCUGUGACUCAGUCAGUGUUUGCCAAUGUCUAGACUUUUAAGUAAGUGUACAAAAGUUUUACUGUAAGUGAGCCUAUUGGAAUUCAGCACAAAAACAGGAGUGCUGGACCAUGCAGAUAUUCACAAGGACUUUCAAGUCUAGCAAUGUGUUGUUUUUAUUUCAUAUAUUGUAUUAUAUUGUAAUAAAUGUCCAUAAACAUUCAUCUCAUAACAUGCACAUAACAACUACUUAAUCUCAGCUCCAAUCAAUUUGCUCAGACAGGGAGGCAUAUCUGUAAUAGUGUUAAGUGUAUAAUAGUUUUUCAUUUACAUACACCGUGACAACUAAAAACGCACAUCACAUCAUUACAAUGCAAGCUUAACUAAAACAGCCUCACUCCAUUAAGAGACAAUAGGUUCUGGUGUUUCAGGAGCUACUUUAAAUACAACUGGAAAUCAGCCAGCAGGUUGUUAACACACCACUUUGGAUGAAGUGUUUGCAGUUUGUAAUUAGAUUGCUAUAACUUACUGCACAAGUUUCCAUCUACUCUAAAACCCUGUAAACACUAACAGAGAGAGACAGUAAAUACACACAGGAAUGAAGUUAUUAGCUGUCAAAACCACCAUUAGUAUUGACAGCUAAAAGAAAUUUUUUGUUAGGCUUGUUUAUCGUCACUUGUUAUGUGUCAAAAUGCAUCAUGUCAUGUCAAAAUGUGUUUGAUUUUAAUUUCAGGAGCUCCUUUUAGGAAAUACACUGUAACAUGUACUUUUUUGGUGUUUCACAUCCCCUGUUAGUUUCUGUUCAUGCCUAGUUAGAACAUAUUUAAUUACUGUUAUCUGUACUGAGGUGAUGACAAGAAUUAAACGUCUGUUGUCUCUCUGUACAUUUUCAUAUUAGCAAUAAAUAAAUUUGACAGAUUCAUUAUCAUGGUGGUGAGGUAAUCAUUACGCCAGGAAAACAUAGGGGCACUCCACCAAUUUUACACAUGAAGUCUGGUUUGCUCACUACAACAAAUACUAGCUUUUAAAGUUAGAAAAAAUUAACUGAUGAUGGCAUAGUGAUGUCAUCAGGGCUAUCUCAAGUUGGGUUCGAGUCUUAGAAUUUUUGACAGAAAGCCUACGCUACCAACUUCAAUUGUGGAGUUGUAAAAGUGUUAGCAUUUAGGAAGCAGGAUUGGCUAACGAACACUGCUACUGAGUUACAUUAUAGGAAUUGUAGUGUUUUUGGAGAUUGACCAAGAUUUAAAAGUCAUGACAUUUCAGCAUGUGCUGCUUUGAUUUUGACCAUUCUUUUUUAAUAUGUUUCAUGUGAGUCCCUAAUUUUUUUGGAAAGUGCAGUAUUAAAUUUCUGGAAUGUCCCUUUAAACACCAACUGAACAAUUCCUAACAUACAUUUCACUGUAAAUAGCACCCAGCAAUCAACUAAACAUCUAAAGUGAAUGCGCAAAAUGUCACAUUGCUCUUUUGAGUCUAGAUGUGAUUUCCCAAUAACAGAUAAUGCGUUAGAGAAUGAGAGAAUAAGAAAAGGAAACAAGAGAAGGGUAACGUUUGACUGACAAGUGCUGACAAAUGCAGGCAGGGAGAAAUUGAGUUAUUUCUCUCCCACAGUCCCUGCAGGAGGUCAUACAGUCUGACAACCAGACAGAGAGAAACAGACAGUGGGUGCCUGCUAUUACUCAAAAGUUCUAUUAAAUACCCUCAAAACAUGAGCGCUUUAAUUAUAAAAGCUGGAGGGGACUUCAUAGUCAAAGAAGAAGGGACACGUGAACUUGACGGGGCAAUAUAGUCACAUUCAGUCUAAAUAAAGAUUCAUGUGAUUCUUUUGAAAUGUCACUAUGUGUCAUUACACAUACUGUAUAGUGUCAUAGUGCCAGAAUUUCAGUACAAUUUUGUAUCAACUAAAAUCUGUUACCACUGUUUCUCUUUUUCUGUAGUUAUUUUGUUUUUUUUUAAGUCAUGCUACUUUGGGAUCAGCAGGGGGCAGCAAAGUCAAUACCUUCAGCAUGGCUAUAGAGUUCCAGAGACUGUGUUUCACCAUCUACCACAUGAUAUAAAUCAUGCUAUAGAUCAUGCUAAUUUUUAUUGUUCCUGCAGGUUAGGAAAUUGGUUGGCAUGGUGAUGGGUGAUACUUACAUUCAGCUACUGUGGAGUAUGAAA